AUGCACGUCCCAUGCUUCACAACUGGAAACUUCCAACCUCAUCAUUUGUUCUUGGAGGACGCAGAAUACGGCCGUGCUCUGGAUGCUCUGGUGAAAGCUGUGUCAGACAUCCUUGUCACGUCACCAGACGGUGCACGUGUCUUCCUCGGAAAACGCAAGGUGCAUCCGCAACCAGACUGGUGGGUCAUAGGCGGGCGCGCGAAGCCGGGAGAGUCCCCUCAAGAGGCAGCUCGGCGAAACAUUCGGCGAGAACUGGGCUUGGACAUACCACCAUCGCGUUUCGAGGUGAUUGGCAGCUACUCGCUGACAUGGGCCGUGAGAGCGCAGGCGCCUGCAGACCAUGGCACUGCUGAUAUUUCUACGAUGCACCGCAUGGUUUUGCAUGCGGCUGAGGAGUCCCGAUUGAAAAUCGACGAGAAGGAGUACGCCGAUAUCGGAUGGCACACGAAAGAGGAAGUCUUGGCUGGUGAUUUCCAUCCUGUUCUCAAGCAGGCAAUACGAGAUCUGCAAGUGUUUGAGCUGCAGAAGCGCCUGGAGGAGGCCGUGGACCAAGAAGCCGAGGAGUCUGAGCUCGUGGCAUUGACUCGCGAUUAUGUGGCCGCGGUCAAGGCAUCGCGAUUCGACCAGGGCAAGGUCCAUGUGGACUUUGAUGAGAAAGCCAGAACCUAUGUCUCUUCAUGCUUGCCGGGUGAUUCAUGCGGACAGUAA